ACAUUAUAUAGAUCAAUACAUUACACUAAUUAUAUAUGUAACACAUAAAAUUAAAGAACUAAGAGGUGACUAGGGAUUAUCUCAGCAAGCGGACCCCAACGGUACCAAGGAACUCUGACUUUGGGGACCCAGCACACAAGCUGGAGCCAUUCACAAUUCACAUCCGCCUAUCUGCGCGCUGCCGCUUUCUAACACUAGAGGGCGAGCGACUUCCUGUUCACAUAGAGUAAUCGCUGAAAGACAGUCUGUGCGCGCCGCUACCAUAGAGUUCCCAGCGGCCCCGGAAGUGCUCGUCUGUGAUUGGUCGGAGGUCACGCUCUCAGCCAAUCAGGUUCGCCGCUCGUGUGUCUCGGGAAUGCUGAUGUGUUCUCCCGGCUUCCCUGACUGCUAGUUCCAUCCAUCGAGCCGCGGCCUGACCAUGCCUUACUACCGCACCUGGGAGGAGUUCAGCCGGGCCGCCGAGAAGCUCUACCAGGCCGACCCCAUGAAGGUGCGGGUGGUGCUGAAGUACAGACAUUGUGAUGGGAGUUUACGUAUUAAAGUCACAGAUGAUGUAGUGUGUUUACUCUACAGCACAGAUCAAGCUCAGGACGUGAAGAAGAUUGAGAAAUUCCACAGUCAGCUGAUGCGGCUAAUGGUUGCUAAGGAAUCCCGCAACGCUCCCAUGGAAACUGACUGAGCGCCUCCGACCCUGAAGAAAGAAAAUUAGUCAUCAAAUUUUUUUAGAUUUUAGUUUUUUUUCUGUGGUCCACCAGGAAGAAGAAAAUGACUGAUAUAUAUAAAAAAAAGGAACAAAUUAUUAAAAAAAGAAAGAAAAACUUUUUUUAUUUUUAACUUAUAAAAGAAAAAAAAAUCUCCUGUUUAUCUGCAAUAGUAACAAGUCUGGAUGUUCUAUGCUUUCAUGUGAAAGCUUCUAUUUAUUUUUGGUAAUAGAUCAGGAGAUGGAAUUCUUUUCCUGUGGAUGCUUCAGACCCCCCAAAAAGCGGGAAUUAAACAGUGGGGAAAUUAGAAUUCAAUUUUUGUUUUUAUUAUUUUUAUUAUUUUUUUUUUUUUUGCAGAUAAUGCCUUACAAAGUUUUGUUUCCAUGGUGAUUUCCAGACCAUUAAACUUAAUUCGCUUAUAAUAAUUUUUUUUUUUUUUUCUUGAAGAUGCACAUUGAUCAUCUGAAUACUAUGGGAUAACAGGGCCCGGACCUUUUCUGAGCGAGUUUUAUUCCAGCUGGUAUUGACUGGAAAGUUUGGAAUAUUUUUAUGGUUUUCAAUAAAUGUGAAUCUUAAAUAGU